AUGGCUGCAGCUGAAUUGCCUGUGGUCUCUCCAGACUCUCCACCCUCUCCUCAUCCGGGUAGUCGGCUAUCAUCAGAGCCUACCGACAUCGAAAGCCAGAAAGCUCCUUCAAACGCUGAACCCAAGACAGACCCAAACCUAGUCACCUGGAAUGGACCAGAUGAUCCAGCAAACCCCCAAAACUGGUCCUUCGGAUACCGGGCGUUCGUUACAGCCAUCUGGGUCUAUGGAAAUCUCUGCACAUGUAUCGCCAGUAGUAUCUUCAGCAGCGGAAGUGGCCAAAUCGCGCAACGGUUUAAUGUCGGCAGUACGGUGGUGACACUUGGAAUCAGUUUGUUCCUGCUGGGUUACACUGUUGGUCCGCCUGUAUGGGGUCCCUUGUCCGAGCGAUUCGGCCGCAAAUGGCCCAUGGUCAUCGGCAUGGCUCUUUUCACCAUCUUCUGUAUACCCGUGGCCGUGGCAAAAAAUCUGCAAACGGUCCUCAUCGGGCGAUUCCUGACAGGAGUCUUUGGUGCGGCUCCUUUGUCGCUUGUCGGAGGUUCGUUGGUGGAUAUGUGGAACCCCGCGCAGCGAGGUGUUGCAAUGGCAUGUUGUAUUGGCACAAUCUUUGGUAGUCCGGUGUUAGCCCCAUUGAUGGGAAACUUUAUCGUCGAAAGCUAUCUGGGGUGGCGGUUCACACAGUGGCUCAGUUGUAUCAUGGGCGGGUCAUGUACAGUUCUGGUGGUUUUUGGACUGCCUGAGACCUUUGCCGGGUCCAUUUUGCGCAACAAGGCCGCAGCCCUACGCAAGGCGGGCAACCCGGACGCCCACACGGUGUUUGACGGGAAGCAAAAGGGAAUCAAAGACAUAUUCGUCAUCUUUUUGCUGAGACCAUUUGGGCUUUUGGUUACCGAACCGAUUCUUCUCUUGGUCACCAUCUACCAGGCUUUCAUCUAUGGCAUCUUAUACCUCGUGUUCGUUUCGUACCCUAUCGCCUUCCGGGAAGUUCGUGGCUGGUCCCUGGGAAUCAGCGCCCUCCCGUAUAUCGGCAUGAUGGUCGGAAUUCUGAUCGGUUGUGCCAUUGUGGUCAUACAAACGCGGCGCAACUACGACGGGAACAAGGCAGUAGUCCCCGAGCAGCGACUGCCCCUCAUGAUCGCCGGAGGAUGCCUGCUCCCUGUCGGACUCUUCAUCUUCGCCUGGACGUCCAAUCCCAACAUCCACUGGGCGGGCAUGGUCAUCGGGAGUGCCCCCGUCGGCACAGGCAUGUACAUGGUCUUCGUGCAGUGUCUGAACUACCUGGUCGACGUGUACCCGACCAUCGCCAACAGUGCGAUCGGUGCCAACACGUUUGUGCGCAGCUUCUUCGGUGCCGGAUUCCCACUCUUUGGGCCUUUCAUGUAUCACAAUCUUGGCGUUGCCUGGGCGUCGAGCACCCUCGGGUUCAUUAGCAUUGCGAUGAUCCCGAUCCCCGUGCUCUUCUAUCGCUACGGUGCUCGGAUUCGGUCGUGGUCCAAGAAUAGCAAGCACACGUGA